GGAAAAGCAAAAGCGACAUUCGUCUGAAAAUCCAAAGACCUCCUCAGCGAUUUACGUUGUUGUCUGAAAGAUUGGUUUCCUAUUCCCCCCAAUUCAGCUUUCAACAUAUUCUUCUCUAAAUCGGUCGUUUCUUAACAAUGGUUAGAUUGCAUACAAACAUUGACCAAGUGUAAUUGUGUGCAUAUUUGGUGAAACGAUGAGCUGGAGGAGAGUUUUCAAGUCUUUUCAAGUGGUGGUGGCGCAUGGCUUGCUUUUCUCCUUCUCUGUUAUUCUCUCUCUCAAGCUCGAUCAUGCUGUUAACUACUCUUGGUGGUUGGUUUUCUCUCCUAUCUGGUUAUUUCAUGCAGUUGUGGCAAGAGGCAGAUUCUCCCUACCUGCCCCAUCUAUGCCUCACGGUCGCAAUUGGGCGCCUUUUCAUGCCGUUGCGGCGGCUCCGUUGCUUAUUGCUUUCGAACUUCUCCUCUGUGUACAUCUUGAGGAAAGAUAUGCUGUAAAUUUGAAGAUUGUGUUUCUGCCUCUGCUAGCUCUAGAGGUUGCAAUUUUGGUUGAUAACAUUAGGAUGUGUAGGGCCCUUAUGCCUGGAGACGAUGAUAAUAUAAGUGAUGAAGCUAUAUGGGAGACUCUCCCACACUUUUGGGUUUCCAUCUCAAUGGUCUUCUUCAUUGCCGCAACAACAUUUACGCUUCUGAAACUAUGUGGUGAUGUCGAUGCUCUUGGUUGGUGGGAUCUGUUCAUAAAUUACGGGGUUGCAGAGUGCUUUGCAUUCCUUAUUUGCACCAAGUGGUAUAAUCCUGCAAUUCAUAGACGUUCACAUCUUACAGCAGCAGCAGCAUCAGCAUCUUCGUCAAGUAUCAGGUCUUAUACCUGGAGUAACGGUGUCUUGGUACCCCCCGACGAAGAAAAUCAAGAAACCACGAUGUGCAGCUUUCAAGACAUUGGUGGGCAUAUCAUGAAAAUUCCUUUGAUUGGUUUCCAAGUCAUACUCUUCAUGUACUUGGAGGGAACUCCUCCUGGUGUUAGAAAUAUCCCCAUUCUGCUUUUGUUUUCUCCUCUUCUUUUGCUGCAAGGAGCUGGAUUUUUCUUCGCCGUGUAUAGAUUCUUUGAGAAAAUCUCCCUCUUACUUAAUGAUGAAGCUGUAACGGGAAGCAGCUUCAGAUUACCCGCUACUGCUUAUGACUAUAUGGGCUUUCUGCAUCGUGGAUCAAGAUUACUGGGAUGGUGGUCGAUUGAUGAAGGAAGCCGUGAAGAGCAAGCUCGGUUGUAUUCUUCAUGGGAUUCAGGGUACGAUACCUUCUCACCUGAUACUGUCAAGAAAAUGCCCAAGUCUGAGCUUGCUAAGGAGAUAUGGAGGCUUCAAUCAGCACUCGUUUCACAAACAGAAAUCACAAAUAUCAGCCAGGAGGAGUUUGAAAGACUUUUAAAUGAAAAAAUCCUGUGUCGAGUUUGCUUUGAUGAUCAAAUAAACGUAGUCCUGCUACCUUGCAGGCAUUACGUUCUUUGCAGCUCCUGCUGCGAGAAGUGCAAGAGAUGCCCUAUCUGCCGCGUGUACAUUGAAGAGCGGCUACAUGUAUAUGACGAUGUAUAGCUACUUACACCACAGGCAAGCCAGUUGUCAAAAGUGGGAUCCCUUGUAAUAAUGUGUUGUCAAAGUCGAAGACAACUGGUUCAAGUACAUGAACCUGGAGAGUGUUACAGAUCAUUAAGGUUGUCUUCAAGGCAGCUGGGGCUGUGGAGAAAACUAACUUUUUAGUCGAGAGAAAAGGACAUAUUUAGGUGUAGUACCUAAACUAGAUAGGGAGCACAGAUAUCUUAGUUCAAUAACAUGAAAAUGGGCCAUACUUUGUGUCCAAAAAGGGCUUUCCAAAACGAGGGCUGUUAUUUUUUUGUUGCAUUGAGGGCCUCCACAACCUGGGCAAUUAUUAAUACAGGUGGGGAAAAUUGUGUAAAAAAAAUCAAGAAAUUGUGAGGUUUAUCUCAUUUCAAAACAAACACCGCUGUGUGCACACUUGCAUCGGGUUUGAUCCGCAUUCUCUCUGUGCGCGC